CUCUGCACCAUGGGGAAGAACAGACUGCCCGGUGGCCCCAGCAUCUUCCUCCUGCUCCUCUUCCUCCUCCCUGGAGACACCUCACCCACCACCGAACCGCAGUACAUGGUGCUAGUGCCCUUUCUGAUCCACACCAACGUUCCUGAAAAGGUCUGUAUCCAGCUGACCCACCUGAACGAGUCUGUGACGCUGAGCGCCACAUUGGAAUAUGCAGGGGAGAACAGGAGCCUGAUUGCAGACGUGGUGUCAGAGAAGGACGUGUUCAAGUGUGUCCCAUUCACGCUUCCCAAAUCUAACAGCUCAUCAUCAGCGUUUCUCACGGUGCUGGUGAAGGGACCAAUGCUGGAGUUCAGGAGCCGGAAAUCGGUGCUGGUCAAGAACUCAAAGAGCCUGGUCUUUGUCCAGACGGACAAACCCAUCUACAAACCAGGACAAACAGUCCUGUUUCGAGUUGUCUAUCUGGAUGAAAACUUCCAUCCUCUGAAUAGGCUGGUUCCACUGGCCUAUAUUGAGGACCCCCAGAAGAACCGUGUGUAUCAGUGGCAAGAAGUUGAGUUAAAAGGGGGCUUCACCCAGCUCUCCUUCCCCCUCACCUCCGAGCCCAUCCAAGGGACCUACAAAGUGGUGGUGCAGAAGAGCUCUGGGGACAAGGUGCAACACCCCUUUACUGUGGAGGAAUAUGUGAUGCCCAAAUUUGAAGUGCUGGUGAAGCUGCCCAAGGUGAUCAGCAUCCUGGAGGAGAAGUUGAAGGUGACAGUCUGUGGUCUCUAUACCUUUGGAAAGCCAGUUCCUGGCCUUGUGAACGUCCAUGUAUGCCGGAAAUAUAACCAGCCAGGCACCUCCUGUUAUGGUGAGGAUGCAAAGGCAGUGUGUGAGGAAUUCUCUGGACAGGUGGACAGCCACGGCUGCGUUUCUGAAGUGGUAAAGACCAAGAUAUUCCAGCUCAGGCGAGCUGGGUACGAGGAUAAAAUCCAUGUGGAAGCCAAGAUUAAAGAGGAAGAGACAGGGGUGGAGUUAACUGGGAAGGGCUCCUGCAAACUCACAUCCACCAUUAGCAAAGUCACCUUUGAGAAGAUGGACUCCCAUUACAAACCUGGGAUCCCCUUCUUUGGGCAGGUGAAGCUGGUGGAUGGGACCCAUGCGCCAAUCACCAAUGAAAUAGUCCAGAUUUCCGUGGAAGAGAGCGGCUAUCAAGUCAACUACACGACGGAUGAUCAGGGGCAAGCACGGUUUGCCCUGGACACAUCUAAGUUCAAGUUCGCCUCCAUUGGGCUCAGAGCAACUCAUAAAACAGGCACCUACUGUUACGACCGUUCCUGGACCAGUCCUUCAUAUGAAUUGGGCUAUUUCAGAGCAAAGCGGUUUUACUCUUCAAGUAACAGCUUUCUCAAAAUAGAGCCUGUGUCAGAGACACUAAGCUGUGGCCACACUCAGGAAGUCCGGGUGCACUAUAUCCUGAAGCCAGAGGCCGUGGGGGAGCAGAAGGAAAUCGUCUUUUACUAUUUGGUGAUGGCCAAAGGAGGCAUUGUGCGAGCAGGGACUCAGGCUCUGGCUGUGGAACAUGAUGAUGUUAAUGGGACCUUCUCACUGAUGCUCCCCGUGGAGUCUGAUAUUGCUCCCCUGGCACAGAUGCUCAUAUACACCAUUUCACCCAGUCAGGAGCCUAUUGCUGAUUCAGUAAAAUUCAAGGUCGAAAAUUGCUUUGCCAAUAAGGUCAACUUGCAUUUCUCACCGGCUGAGGGCCUCCCCGCCUCCGACACUCACCUCCAGGUCGGAGCAUCCCCAGGCUCCCUGUGCGCCGUCCGUGCUGUGGACAAGAGCAUCCUCCUCAUGAAGCCUGAAGCCGAGCUCUCUCCCAGCUCUGUGUAUAACCUGCUGCCAGUGAAGGAACUUCAGGGGUAUCAUCAUGGUACAGACACGCUGCCGAUGGAUCCCCAGGAGGAGUGCAUUGCCGCAGAGAAGAUAAUUGUGAAUGGAGUCACCUAUGCUCCACUGUCGGAGCCAGAUGAAGAGGACACUUAUAGCAUCUUGAAGGAAAUGGGUUUAAAGGUCUUCACAAACUCCAAGGUGAGGAAGCCACAUUAUUGCCUCCAGUUCCCUCCAGUUGCUUGGCAUUACAGACAUUAUGAAGGGCUGCUCUCAUCUUGGUAUUAUGGCGUUUUAGGGCAGGGGAAAGCAAAGCUAGUGCACUAAAAAGAGAAGUAGGUGGAAACAGUUCGAAAGUAUUUCCCAGAGACAUGGAUUUGGGAUUUAGUGCCUGUGACCUCCAAUGGAAGUGCUGAAUUGCCCUUGACAAUCCCCAACACCAUCACAGAAUGGAAAGCAAAUGCGUUCUGCACCUCAAGUGACACUGGCUUUGGUCUGUCCCCAACCGUGUCCCUCAGAGCCUUCCAGCCCUUCUUUGUGGAGCUCAUCCUGCCCUACUCCGUGGUGCGUGGUGAGGCCUUCAGGCUAAAGGCCACUGUCUUCAAUUACCUGACCCGCUGCAUCAGGGUCAGCAUCUCACUGGCUUCAUCUGCCAACUUCCAAGCUACCCCUGUGGAGAAGGAAAAGGCUUCUUAUUGUCUCUGUGUGAAUGGAAGAAAAACGGUGUCCUGGGCUGUGACCCCAAUAUCUCUGGGUAAUGUGAAUUUCUCUGUGAGUGCAGAGGCCUUGAAGACGGAGCUGCCCUGUGGGAACGAGGUAGCAGUGCUCCCUGAGACGGGGCAGAAGGACACAGUGAUCAAACAGCUGCUAGUGGAGCCUGAAGGGAUUGAGAUGGAAGCAACCUUCAACUCUCUGCUCUGUGCAAAUGGAAAUUCAGAAGCAGGGAAGAUUUCCCUGAAGCUUCCACUGAACGUGGUGCAGGGCUCAGCCAGAGCCUAUGUGACAGUGCUGGGCGAUAUCCUGGGCACAGCCAUGCAGAACCUGCAGCAGCUUCUUCAGAUGCCCUUCGGCUGCGGGGAGCAGAACAUGGUCCUGUUUGCCCCCAACAUCUACGUCCUGGACUAUCUGAAUAAAACGGGGCAGCUGAGCGAGGAGACCAAAUCCAAGGCUAUCGGAUACUUAGUCAGCGGUUAUCAGAGGCAGCUGAAUUACAAGCACCUGGAUGGCUCUUACAGCACAUUUGGGGAGCAUUACAGGCAGCAGGGGAAUACCUGGCUGACAGCCUUCGUCCUCAAGUCCUUUGCGCAGGCCCGCUCUCACAUCUUCAUUGAGGAGAAGCACAUCCAGGACGCCCUGGCCUGGCUCGCUGGCAAGCAGAAGGACAACGGCUGCUUCCGCAGCUCCGGGACGCUCCUGAACAAUGCCAUAAAGGGUGGGGUGGACGAUGAGAUCACGCUCUCUGCCUACAUCACCAUCGCGCUGCUGGAGAUUCCUCUGCGCAUCACUCACUCUGUGCUCCGUAGUGCUUUAUUCUGCCUGGAAACAGCCAUGGAACAGGGAGGAAACCAUGUGUACACAAAGGCACUGAUGGCCUACGCCUUCGCCCUGGCGGGGAAGGAGGAGAAGCGCAGGGCACUGUUGGACUCGCUUGAUAAGGAAGCUGUGAAAGAGGAUGGCUCCAUUCACUGGCAGAGGCCCGGGAAGCAGCCAGAGGCCGAUCUCCCAUUCUAUCACCCUCGUGCUCCCUCUGCCGAGGUGGAGAUGACGUCCUAUGUGCUCCUCGCUUACCUCACCAUGCAGCCGGCAUCAUCCCAAGACGACCUGUCAUUGGCAGCUCAAAUUGCAAAGUGGAUCAGCAAGCAGCAGAAUCCCAACGGGGGCUUCUCCUCCACCCAGGACACAGUGGUGGCGCUCCAGGCCCUGUCCCGAUACGGAGCAUCUACCUACACCAAGAGUGGAGGAGCAUCCAUAGUGACUCUGCAAUCCACAGGCAAAUUUCAGACCCAGUUCCAGGUGGAUCACACGAACCGUCUGCUGCUCCAGCGUAUGGCACUGCCAGAGGUGCCAGGGGACUACAGCAUGGGAGUGACAGGAGAAGGAUGUGUCUACGUGCAGACCAGCCUGAGGUACAAUGUGCUCCCCAAGCCAGAAGAGGCACCAUUCGCACUGGAGGUGCACACGGUCCCCGAGACAUGUGACAGCCCCCAGGUCCACAGGACUUUUAGCAUUGCCAUAAACAUCAGUUACACAGGGAAACGCCCCGUCUCCAACAUGGUCAUCGUUGACAUUAAGAUGCUGUCAGGAUUUAUCCCUGUGAAGUCAUCAGUGAGGAAGCUGGAAGGACAUCACCACAUCCACCGCACAGAACUGAGCACCAACCAUGUGCUGCUGUACAUGGAGCAAGUGAGCAAUGUGACUCAGAGCUUCUCCUUCGCGGUGGAGCAGGACUUCCCCGUGCAGAGCCUGAAGCCGGCGGUGGUGAAAGUCUAUGAUUACUAUGAGACAGAUGAAUUUGCCAUUGCCGAGUACAGUGCCCCCUGCAGCAAAGGUAGUGUAUGA